GUUUUCUCAUAUUUCUUGUCACUGAGAAUCUUUUUAAGGUAGCCCUUGAAAAUAACAAAAGCCAUAUUUGUUAAAAUCAUGUCUUAGCACGCAAUAUAGAAUUGAAACUGCAGGGCAUUCUUAGCAAAAGUUCUGAAUAAAUAUGUUUUUUUAAAUUGAAAGAUAAUACCUUUGUUGGUUGAAGUAGACCUUUGUCACCAAGCAUUUAAAAUCAUAAAUGAAGAAAUCAACUAAAUUCAGACAAAUAUGUGUAGUGAUGAAAAUCUGUAAGGAUAAUUCCACAUGUAGCACAAAUAUAUUGUAAAGCAUUGCAGAUCUAGGUAAUCAGGGCAAGUAAGUUUUUUAUUUAUUUAUUUUUUAAUUUUAGGGUCUACAAACCCACUUUUUAGGCAUUAUAGGUACCAUCUCUAGGUCACAGCCCCCUCCCCUCCUCCUCCUCCUCCUUUUAAAAUUAGGUGGAUCUGCCUAGUGUGCUCUGAAAGUUCAGCAUUGGAUUGGGUGGGUGAGAUCUGAAGUAGCCACAGAUCUGUAGUAAUUAGGGCUAUACGGACUGUGGAUAUCAGCUUCAAUAGCUUGAAGUGUUAGAAUACAUGACUAGUACUGCAGGGGUCCCUGGUUCGAUUCCCAGUCCAGCCUAAGAUUUUCUCCUCUCCCCUAUAUACUACAUUUUGGUUUUGUCCACAUCACAAUUAUUACAACAGCUAGAUCAAAGAUUAUGAGUGUAACUGAGGAUUAAUUGUCAUUGCACAUAAUUUUGAGGGUGAUGUAAACUGAUGUCCCUUCAAUGGUCAUUGUAUGACUACUUUUCCUGCCUUGACAGUUUAAGUGGUCAUGAUAGUCAGGUGAACUUUGUGGUCAGCAUGAUCUGACUCACAGAUCAGGUAUUUAGACACAGCCAGGAGGGCUUAUCUGUAGGUGUGUUUAUGUUCAAACAUAUCCUUAGUACUAAUCAGCUGAUCCAUGUUUUUGAUAAUUAUUGAAUAAUGAAAAUGUACUGUUUAUCAGCAUUGCAUGGUAAGACUGAGUAAAAAGGAUACCGAGUUUCAAAACCAUUGCACAGCUUUGGAGAAAAUCUGUUGAAUGAUUCAUACUGGUGUAUUGAUCCAUAUGGGGGUAUAUAAUGAAGCAUUUCUGUAACCCUUUCCUCACUGUGUAUUGUAUAAGUGUUAUAAGACACAGGACACGUAAUGUAUUUCUCAGCAGUUGGAUGAAGUGUGCGUGAACAAAGUCCAGAGCCAACAGUAUAACCUAUCAUUGACAGUGAUAUUUAUUUGAAGUAAAAGGCAAUUUUAUGUGAUAUAUGCAUCAUAUGAAGAGGUUGGCUGAUGGGCAUGAGCAGCUAUUGAGAUAAAGUGUAUUCAUCUCCCCUUCCCUGAUAUGAUUAGGUUACUUGGCAUGAUGAAUGAGAACUGGCAUAUUUAGCUCAGUGCUUUAAACUACAACAGAAAAUUGAAGAACCUGCAGGGAAAUAUGUUGUUUAAGAAAUGUAUGUGUUUGUAAUUAAGAUGCAGUCAUCCACAGUGUUCAUCAUUUCUGUUUCAGGUCAAUGAAAAAGCAAUUAAUUGCCAUAUCAAGAAAAAAUUCUCACAAAAAGUACAGAAUUGAAUUUUUUUAAGAGAGAUUUCGAUUUAUGCUUACCCGACCUUGAUGAUAAAAAAAAUGCACAGGUGCUUCACAAAUGAAUAUACUCAAUGCAAGUUAUCUUGUGUGAAGUGGUGAGUUAUCAACCCUUUAUCAAUUCAAAUUUAAAAUUCUUUAAACACCACACACUAAGUACCUUUCCAAAUUUAAAAUGGAGGGUAAAGCUCAGGAAAUGACAAGGGAAUCACUAGUUGUAACACCGAGGCUGGUUAUUCAACAUGUAACUACACAACAUUGCUCCUAAUAUAGAGUCUGAAAUAAAAGGAAGUAAAUUAGAAGGGAAGUAGAAUGAUUUGUGAUGCCAUACAGAGGGAGGGUCUAUUGUGCUGGUUUAUCGUUAGUCCUCGUUAUCACGAUCUGCUAUAGUCCUUACCUGAGUCAACCCACCGUUAUUGAAACGUUUAAAAAAUAAGGCAGAGAAAGUGUGACGGUCAACAAUAACCUGAGGUGUAAGUGUUUGUAUGUUCAACCAGUCGUAUCCAUAAGGCGGAAGUUGUCAUAUGAAUCAGUGUGGACAGGAUUAGUUUUUGCACUAUCACUGCAGAUCAACAAGUGUCGGAUUAAACUCAUCAGACAGGUGUUAAGCUGUGUAUUGGAUUGUGGAUUAUAUGUGGAGUUAAGAAUGAUAGUACCAUACAUCUAUAAUGGAUUAAAAAUCAUACUUUUGUAGGGAAAAGUGUCAGCAGAUCUUUGUCAUGGAGUGUUGAUUUGUGAAACAGUUGUCUCCAUCUUUUCAGAUAGUGGAGGAAUUCAAGGAAUUCUGCUUCUCUUUCUAGUGACUAUAACAUCAGGGGCAACUUUGCAACAUGGUGUCAAUUCAUGAAAAGUAAUGAACAGUGAAUGAUCAAUCAAUCUCUGCACAAAAACAUUCCUAAACUAUAUAACAGACUGUGUUGUACAGCUUUAUCUGUGUUAGAGAUUGUUAUUUUUUCUUGCCCGUGCACUCAGUUGACAAUAGAGAAUCCAUGUGUUAGAAAAAGGCAGUCCCCAGUUAUUGCUAUAUUUGGUGUUGUGUCAGGGUUGUGGUCAGACAUAGGGAGAUGAUGUACCGAUUGGUGGUUGAGGGGGAGGAUGAGGGGGAAGACAAGAGACAUGAUUAUAUAACUGUACUUGCAGAUGGAGGUGAAAGCAAGCCGCUGCCCACAUGGAAAACUUAUUUAUACACCCUGCAACUCCAGGCACCGAAACCAAAGAAGAUUGUUUGUCAACGAGAGAUUCCAGGCAAGCCUUCAUUUUAUGGAAAGGAAUUCCAUGGCAACGUCACCCGAGAAGAGGCAGACAUACUGCUGUCCUUGGAGGGGGACGGAAGUUACUUGGUGAGGAAGAGUGAGAGAGCAGCAGAUGCCUACACUUUAGCAAUCAGAUUUGACAAUCAAACCAAAAAUUAUAAGUUGUACAAUGAUGGACAGCAUUAUGUUGGUGAUAAGCGAUUUGACACUGUCCACGACCUGGUGGCUGAUGGCCUCAUCCACUUUUACGUGGAACUCAAGGCGUCGGAUUACAUAGCAUCUCUUUCAAAUGAAUCAAAUUACGCAGAAUCUCCAUACCUAGCAUACACGGACAAACGCAAACGUCUGCAUCGCUCCAGGAAGUCCGUCAACAGUAAGCGGCUAGACUUUGGUGAACGCUCAGGGGAAGGAAGUAGUGGGAAUGCCAAUGGGAGUAUACAGCAACAGUAUUUAGAUGAUGAUCUUGAUAGUGUUGAUGAUGUGGAGAAAUAUGAAAAAGCUCACAAUUUUAAGACUCAGAACUUUAUUGGAUUACAUUGGUGUGACUUUUGUGCCAACUUUAUGUGGGGUCUCAUUGCCCAGGGAGUCAAAUGUUUAGAUUGUGGUUUUGAGGCACACAAAAAGUGCUCAGAAAAAGUACCAAAUGACUGCAUGCCUGAUAUCAAGUUUGUGAAGAAUCUGUUUGGUGCUGAUCUGACAACGGUGGUGAAGGCCAGAAACACACCAAUACCAGUGGUGGUGGAAAAAUGUAUCAAAGAAAUCGAACAAAGAGGUUUAGAAGCAGAAGGGUUGUACAGGAUUGCGGGGCUUCAUGAUGAGGUGGAAAGUAUCAGAAUGGCUUUUGAUAAAGAUGGAGAACACACCGCGAUUAGUGAGGCUAAAUACGAUGACAUUAACAGCAUCACCAGUGUACUCAAGUUGUACUUCAGAUUACUCCCCAUACCCCUCAUCACGUUCGAAGCCUAUAAAAUCAUCAUAGACACCAUGAAGCAAGAUGAGCCUCGCUCGAGAACCCAAAUAUUAAAGAUAAAGGAGGGCAUGAGUAAACUCCCGCCAGCUCAUUAUCAAACCCUUCGAUUCCUUCUGGCUCAUCUAAACAGGGUGACAGAGAAAAAACCCUCCAACAUGAUGGGACCAGACAACCUGGCCAUAGUGUUUGCACCGACACUAAUGCGAUGUCCGGAGCCAGAUCCCAUGAUGAGUCUAAUGAAUGCUCAGUUUGAACAGAAAGCUUUAGAGACACUGAUUGUGAAGUUCCGAGAGUUAUUCUCAAGAAUGAGUACAACUCAGAGUUUUGAAGCUAGUGCCAAAAGACCUAGUUUUGAUGCUCUUCGAAUAGCAGAUCAACCUCAUUUUGAUAAAGUCUGAGGCUUUCAUGUGAUGUAACAGUGUUUGUAUGCCCCCCGCCAUUAGAUGGAUGGGACAUAUAAUGUUAUCCUUUUCCAUCCUUCUGUCAUGAUUCAGUUUGCAUACAUUAUUUCUGCUACAGAUACACACAUUUAACUGAAAUUUGGUAUAUAGAUGUAUCAUGAGAAUGUCCAGGUCAAGUUCUUCAAUGAUUUUUGAUAGAGUUGUACCCUUUGGGCUUAGAAAAUGUAAAGUAAUUCAUAGUUUUGCUCAUUAUCUCAGUAAUUCUUGGACAUUUUGAAUUAAAAUUCAGAAUUUAAAUAUGUCAUGAGAAUACAUAGGUUAUUAAAGAUGAUCGUUGAGUCCAGGCAAACAAAAUUUGGCAGAGUUAUGCCUUUUGGACUUAGAAACCAGUUUCUGCUCUUUUAUCUCAUCUUUCUCUUACAUUGACAUUUUGAAUUGAAAUUUGGGAUAUGGAUAUAUCAUGAGAAUACAAUGGUCAAAUUACUUUGGGUUCCAGUCAGAUAAUUUAUUUGCAAAGUUCUGUCCCUUGAAUUUAGAAAAUUUUAAACAAUUCAGAUUUCACUCAAAUGGAUAUUAUGAAUCAAAUUUGGAAUAUAGAUAUGUCAUCAGAAUAUGCAGGUCAUUUACUGAUAUGGCUCCAGUCCGAUAUUAUUUUGGCAGAAUUAUGGUCCUUGGGUUGGGGCAUUUGUGUCACUCCAACACGUCUAUUUUUUUUUUUUUUUUUUUUUUUUUUUUUUACAUGAUUUUAGACAUCAACUUCUUAUUGUGCAUUUAUUUGGAUCCUGCAACAGAUAUGUCGUUGCUUGUUACCUCAUCAUAUGUAUACGUAUAAGUACAUAUGUAUACGUAUAAGUACUUUUGGCAGUAUUGAGCUAUAUAUAUCAAUCAUGUUUUUGACAAGUCUUGUUUGGACCAAAAGUUGCAAUAACAGUGUAAUUAUACACAUUUACGUGAACUUUAAUACUAUAAACCCUUUAUGUUUUGAUGUAUGUAGAUCAUCAUUAAUGCAAAGUGACAUGCAAGUACUGCUUCCUAUUAAAAAUUCAUUACUUUAAAAUCAUGAGGAAAGACUGAAAUUUUAUAGAUGUACAUGUAAGUAUUAGCAUCCUUUGUUGAAUGGUGUACAAUGUAAAUUGCUGUGCAUAAUGCAUAUUAAAAUAGAUGUCGUUCGAAUACCAGUAAAGAUUUGUUGUUAACAUGUGUGUCCAAAUAUCACAAUUCUUGCACAUAUAUCUUGUUUAUUUUUUAAGUUAAUACAAUAGAAAUAUUUCCAAGAAAUACAACACUAAUAUAUUUAGAAUCAGAUAAAGCAGUAUUCUGUGUUAGUGAUAUGCUUGGAUUACAUGUUACUAGUUUGUGUUUUAAUGGUAUAAUAUUCAUGUGCUGGCCGAUAACUUCAUGACCACCCUACAGGUUGUAAUAGAUCUAUGUACAUCCCGAUCAUCUCUUUCAUCUCAAAAUACAUUACAUCUAUAGCAAAAGAACUACCACACUGUAAAUCUGUGUCAAUACCUGUAUAACAGGUCGCUGUAAGAACUCCGAAUAACAAAGUUAAAACAAUUUUAUUUGUUGUGAAAUGACGAAUUUAAGGAUGAAAUCAGCUGAUAAUACUUGUGUGGUGACUUCAUACAAGAUUUAUCUGGGAAGGAAUAUUAUGUAGGUCAGUGGUAGGCUCGGUUUUCACGAUACAUUUAUUGUUUUUAUGACCUUCAAGAGCUCGAUUGUGUACAUGUACCAAGGAUAUCUUCAUGUCAAUCAAAAUUUGUUAACUAGUGAUUUCAUUUGCAAUUUUAGCUCAUAGUGACUUGUAAUUCUAAUCUUAUGAUUGCUCAUUCAGAGUUUGAAAGAAACAAUAGUGUAUACCAUAUGAUUUCGAGAAUAAGCAGAUGUCUACAUUUAAAACAAGAGUUCAAAUAUCAUGUUGCAUAUCAUUAAAGUUACGUCUCCAGCACGUUGUUAAAAUGAACCCAUUCACUUGUGUGACGUUUAGCAUCAUUUCUUUUUUGUACUAUUUUAUUAGUUUUGUACAAUAUUUUUAUUCAUUAGAUAUUAAAUAUGAUGAACGUACACAGGGUGAACUAACAGAACAUUCUUAUUUCUUUAUUGUGAGACAUGUGCUGUACAAUAACAAAAAAGGAUGUUAUUUUUUAUUUGUGUGAAUAGUUCAUGUUUUCUUCCCAUCAUGUAAAGAAUUAGUUAAUAUACAUGGCUAGAGCUACACAGACAAUGGGAAUCCAUUUACUUUAUACUCCUCCAUGUAUUGAAUUUUUUAAAUGUACUUUGUAAAUGUAUUCUAGUGCCCUUGUAAUUUUUCUGUAUUUGACUGAAACUCAAUAAAUGUGAAUCAAAUUUUUAAA